UUCUCCACUUUAUAAACCUCUCAUCAUCUCAAAUCUCAAAACCCUAGCAGCAACAGCUCUGUAACAGCAGCCGAAGAAGCAGACCGCCAUUUUCUUAUCCUCUAAGGAACAGGUAAUUCGAUUGAGUAGAAAAUGUCGCUCGGAGAAAUUGCUAGUACCUACGCUUGUUUGAUCCUUCACGACGAUGACAUCGCCAUCACCGCAGAGAAGAUUUCUGCUAUUGUAAAAGCAGCAAAUGUCUCAGUGGAGCCUUACUGGCCUCUCUUGUUCGCCAAGCUUGCCGAGAAGAAAAACAUCUCAGAUCUCAUCAUGAAUGUUGGUGCCGGCGGUGGUGGUGUCGCUGCCGUUGCUGCCCCCGUCGGUGGUGCCGCCGCUGGUGGUGGUGCAGCAGCUGCCCCUGCUGCUGAAGAGAAGAAGGAGGAGCCAAAGGAAGAAAGUGAUGAUGAUAUGGGAUUCAGUUUGUUCGAUUAGAAAGCUACCGUUAGUAUGAUCUGUUCUUUCGUUUCCAGAAAAUAUUGGUUAAAAUUUUAGUUUUGAUGUUUGAGAUAUUUGGAAAGUGUAAGAGUUAACAUUUAAUCAUGAUUUUGUUCUAGUUUUUUGCCGUAGUUUGAGCCAUUUUUGUCAGUUCAAUCAAAUGUUUGUCCCUCUAUUGUUACAA